CUUUUUCCCCCAAUCAACAAAUUUAGAGGUUAUCUAUUAGCUUCGAAGAUUACUAGGAAACAUGUGUGGUAUUCACGCAAUGAUCUCUACAGAUGCUAACGGAAUCAUCUCUUCGGAAUUGAAAACAUUGUUGUCAAAUCGUGGACCAGACCAUUUUGGCCAAAUUUGUCGCGAACUGCCAUUCGAAGAUGGGGACUCUGUGACAAUCAACUUCACCUCUACCGUCCUAGCUUUACGAGGCGACCAUAUUGCAAAACAACCUCUGACCUCGCCUACUACAGGAUCUGUUCUUUGCUGGAACGGGGAGGCCUGGAGGAUUGAAGGACAAUCUAUCAGCAGUAAAAAUGAUGGGGAGCUUAUCUUAGCCAAACUUGAUGCAGCGGAUGCGACUUCAGAUGAAGCUCGAGAGUCGCACAUUCUAAAUAUCUUACGGAAUAUCGAUGGUCCCUUCGCAUUUCUCUUUUAUGAUGCCCAGAUGAAACGUCUGUAUUUUGGACGAGACCGUCUUGGACGACGAUCGCUUUUAUCUAAUCAAGCCGAAGAUGGUAACUCGAUCUCGUUCUCGAGCGUCGCAGACGUACCUGCUGCCGGCUGGGUGGAAGUCAAUGCAGAUGGGGUCUAUUCCUUAGACUUAGGCGCCCGUCUGGCUACACCUCACGGAUUGAGGCUUAACACACAUACCGUUAAAUACGAUUGGAUAUCAUCUGGUGGAGGUGAUAUGGUUUCGAGUAUUGGAAUUUUCAAUAUGGCUUUACCCCCACCCGAACACAAGCUAGAUUUCAACUCAGUCUCAGUUGAGACUCUCAAGCACUGGUUAUACGAAUCUCUGAAGUUGCGGGUAUUGGACAUUCCAGAGCCGCCAAACCCAUUGACCGAUGUUGAUAUUCGUGUCGCCAUCCUAUUUUCUGGUGGCAUAGACUGUACCGUUCUUGCGAGAAUGGUUCACGAUCUUGUACCAACAAAUCAAGGAAUUGAUUUAAUUAAUGUUGCUUUUGAAAAUCCGCGCCAGGUUUCGAUAGGCAAAACUCUACCACACCAAAAUGCGUCUGAUAUUUAUGAGGCCUGCCCAGAUAGAGUGACGGGUCGCAAAGCGUUUGCUGAGCUGAAGUCUGCGUGCCCAGAUCGAUAUUGGCGCUUCAUCGCAGUUAAUGUUCCCUUCGAAGAGGCUAUGAGCCACAAGUUAAAGAUCGUUUCAUUACUACAUCCCCAUAAUACAGAGAUGGACCUCUCUAUCGCCAUGGCGCUUUACUUCGCCGCACGGGGUACAGGCAAUUCCUAUAUAAACAAGUGUGAAUGGGAGCCGACGCCGCCGAGCGUAAACUCGCCAGCUAGGGUUCUCUUGUCUGGCCUUGGUGCCGAUGAACUGUUCGGUGGCUAUGCACGACAUGAAGCUGCUUUCAAGAAUGGGGGAUACCCUCGUCUCAUUGAUGAGUUGAAGUUAGAUAUUAGUCGUAUCGGGCAAAGGAAUCUAGGUCGUGACGAUCGGAUUAUGUCACACUGGGGAAAGGAAGUCCGUUUUCCUUACUUGGAUGAGGAACUUGUCAGGUUUGCGAUCAGCUCUCCAGUAUGGGAGAAAUGUGAUUUCCAGAACCAGUUCCACCCAGCGGUAAUCGACCCAGCCAAGAGAGUGCUUAGGCUUCUGGCCGAUAAGCUCGGUCUACCCAUUAUUGCAAGAGAAAAGAAAAGAGCAAUCCAAUUCGGGUCAAGAACAGCGAAGAUUGAGAGCACUACGGGCAGGCGUCGAGGCACAGCACCCAUUAUCUCAACUUAACACCGUUCAUCUUUGAUAUGAGAAGCAAAUAAUCGAAAGUUCGAUGGUCUGGCAGUGAUGAUUCAUCAGAUACUUCCGAGUUGGGUUGCAACACUCGAUUUGAACCCCAGUGCGCGUUUCUGUAUCUGCAGUAACCCUCUUGGCAAGUUUUUUUCCGACCAGUUCCUCCGACGAUGACGCCUUAAAGGCAUGUCUGAGCCAGACUUCCCUAUUUGAUCCCAUUGAAGUGUCAUAUGUCAAUUAGCAGUGAUUUUUCAGAUGCACGUCGCCCUUACGGUAACAAGUCUAUUUCCAUGUUAUAGGAAAGGUAGCAUUUGCAGGGAUUUUGAUGCCCCUUUAUGCUGUUAGAUGACAUCACGAGUACUGCAAUGCGGGGUUUGAAUGAUAAAAAUUUCAACACCGGCAAUUGUCCAC